UGGGACUUUAGAAUCGUCUGGUUUGAGGAUGUUGGGACUUUUUCCCAUCAUAUAAAAUGUAGUUUGUCCACACUGUAACCUUUGACCCCACGUGUCCUCACAUGAGGACUGUAGAGUCUUUCCAAUAAAAACGAAUAUAUUCAUGAGUCACUGAGGGGUGAACGGGGAGAACUUUUUUGGACGUGUGUUCUGGGCAAAAACAAUAAAUCAUUGUCCAAUACUGAGUUGUCUUUAAGUGCAGUGACCCAUUUAUUUGCUCUCUUUUUAUGCUCACCUUAGCACAGGUAAAACUCAGGUAAAACUCAGGUAAGUUUCAUUCAUCAAUUUGUUUGUUGAGACGCCGCCACUCUGAUACUGACACGGUCAAAAGCUGUGUGCUUCCCCUUCCACACCUGCUGCUCAUCACCUGCAGCCUUUUCUGAGCUAAUGCUCCCCCCAGUGUUCAAACAGAAAACUACUUACAACAAUGCAAACGGUGCCCUGUGAUGUAAACAUAAAAAAUAAACAAAAAGUACGUUUUUAUUUUUAAAAACUACUUCCUGUUUCCUGUUCAGAGAUGUUUAUUUUAUAGGUUUCAUAGGUGACAAUAAAAACUGACGCUUGUGUGUGUGUGUGUGUGUGUGUGUGUGUGUGUGUGUGUGUGUGUGUGUGUGUGUGGUUGAACUCUUCCUGGUUCAGUUCUCUGUUAUUAUCUCAGUCUUCACUUGUUGUAGUUGUUGUUGUUGUAGUUGUUGUUGUUGUUUAUUCCUCCAGUCUGACGUCACAGCAGCCCGCAGAUCGUCACCAUGUUGACAAACUAACAGCUGGAGCUUUGAAGCAGCUCGUGAGCGUCAGUUUAGCAGCAGCUCGGUCACAACUCGGUCAGUUAGCUUCCUGCUAGCUGUAGCAGCCCCGUCGCUUCCAGGUAUGUUUGCGUCCUGCUGUAACUGGUUGUGUAUGGACGCUGGUGAUGACACUGAGCAGUCUGCUGGAGCUGAGCGACGUCAUCAGUCCUACACUAACUCGGGCUUCAACAGUCAGCCGUCUCCUCCUGCACCUGAACACACCUGUAAGGCGUGCGGGGGGCACUUGGACACACCUGCAAAGAAGCAUGUGUGUGUGGACUGUAAGAAGGACUACUGCAGCCGCUGCUCCGCACAGCUGGAGCCCCGCCCCCGUCUCUGUCACACCUGUCAGCGUUUCUAUGGCAACCUGCUGGAGCGGGCGGAGCUCAUGAAGCUGAAAGUGAAGGAGCUCCGGGACUACCUGCACCUGCACGAGGUCUCCACCCACCUGUGCAGAGAGAAGGAGGAACUGGUGGAGCUGGUCCUCAGUCAGCAGUCUUCACCAUCCAGUGACUCCGCCCCUGAGACCUUGACCCCUGACCCUGUGUCCAUGACCUUUGACUCACCUGACUUGACCCCUCACACCUCGACUCCUGCCCCCCCUGCCCCGACCCCUGAACCCCCAGCUGCACAGCCUGAAGCCCCACCCACAGAGACCGCCCCCACUGAACCCGAUGUUCAGGACGAAGACCAGACCUGGGACCCGGAGGAGGCCCCGGUUUCGGGUCGCAGGGCAUCUCUGUCUGACCUGAGCUGUGUGGAAGACAUUGAGGUUCUCAGCGUCCGCCAGCUGAAGGAAAUCCUCGCCAGGAACUUUGUCAACUACAAAGGCUGCUGUGAGAAGUGGGAGCUGAUGGAGAGGGUGACCCGGCUGUACCAGGACCAGCAGAACCUACUGGCUGCCAACACUGUGAACGCUGCAGAGUCCGGCGGUGGCCGUCCUGCAGGUUUGGAGGAGAACCUCUGUAAGAUAUGUAUGGACUCUCCGAUCGACUGCGUCCUGUUGGAGUGUGGUCACAUGAUCACCUGCACCAAGUGCGGCAAGAGGAUGAGCGAAUGUCCCAUCUGCCGCCAGUACGUCGUCCGAGCUGUCCACGUCUUCCGGUCCUGAACCUGGCACCAACUGUCUCCAAAGCAAUAAAGUGCAAACUGAAGGGACCUCCUCCACAGAUGUGUUUAUUUUUCUAGUGUAAAUAAGAUGAAGAAUGUAAGUGACCUUCUGUGAGCGUCGGCCUGCAGAGCUGCUGUUUGAACACAAACACUGAACGUACAGACCGACUCCACAUCUCUGAAUCAUCCACCAGGAAUCCUCUGUGCCUUCAGCAGCUCGUCCCCUGGACGCCGUCUCAGCGGUGAAACACUGAAGGGGCGGGGGGGCGGGAACCUACCAAAGAGAAACGUUACCUCGACAGGUGAGGCGGGUCCAAGAUCAUUACAUCACCACGUCGCCUUAAACUCAGUGUAAAGCACACAGACUGUGUUCUAGUCACAGUCGGCUUUGUUUACAGUCCGCAGUGAGCUCACACUGUAAAAAUAUCUCAGUGAUGUCAUAACCUGUGCAGCCGUCUGCGUCCCAGCGGCGUCGCUGUAUUAAAUCUAAACUAAAGCUGCUUUAGACCAGCAGCCAAUCAGAAACAGGACAUCAGCAUGGUCAUUAAACUGCCUUCAGAUCAGAUUAUCAGCAGGAUAAUAACACACACACACACACACACACUGAGCCCCGCCCCCAGCUUCAGGUGAUUGGUGCUCCACCUGUCAGUCACACCUUUACCUUCAGAUGCCUGAUGGAUCUGAACGCUGCUGUUUCCCCUCAGAUCCUCUGCGUUACACCGACAUCCAGUAAAAACUCUUCAAAUACUGGAGCGACACAUUUUACAUUUUCCAAACUGUUUCAGGUUGUUUCUGUCGUCUCUGCUCCGACUGUGUCCUCAGGAGACACACACCGUCUCAUCAGUCACUGAUUCCAGAAAGAAACACAAUUUUUAACUAAUUUUAAUAUUUAAAAAAGGCUCAGACAGUCUUCAGAUACAUUCUCAGAUGGAUGGAUAUGAAUGGAAACCAGCGGCCGCCUCAAACAGCAGAAUAACCAAACGCCUCUGUCUAACACAAAACGACUUGACGUUUCUUCUUCUUUCUUUUGACCACUUAAGCCCCAAAACCAGCAGCUGAGAUGUCGACUGCUGGUUCUGAUGUCAAGGACAAAAAGUUUAACACAGUUUGGAAAAUGUUGAGUGAUGAUGUGAAGUACUUUGAUUUAGGGAUGCACGAUAAAAUCAGUACGUCAUCGGUGACGGCUUUAAAAUCAACUACAAGAACCAGGGCUGAGCGAUAUAACGACUGUGUACAAUAUAUUGAUUUGUUAUCAAGCAGGAUAUUAAUUAAGACACUGUUUAUAUCGACAGAGGGUCAGGCUGCAUUACAUAACGCAUACCAGUGAGCACACUAGUUCUAGAACACAGUAAACACUCAUUAAACACUCAUUAAACACACAUUAAACACACAUUAAACACACAGUAAACA